AUGGAAUCGCAUGUCUUACAUCUUUUGAAGCAUUUGUGGCAAGAGCUAGAGUUGACCCCUUUUCUUGUCUUUCUUUUCCUCCUUUCUUUGCUGUUUUUGUUCAUUCUUUGUAGAUAUUCUCGUUCUAAACUCAAUUUACCACCAUCACCAACAAGGUUACCACUGAUUGGAAACCUUCACCAGCUUGGCACGCAUCCACACCGCUCUUUCCGAGCACUCUCCGAAAAAUAUGGCCCUCUAAUGCUCUUACACUUGGGCCAAGUUCCAACUCUUGUUGUUUCAUCAGCCGAUAUGGUGAAAGAAAUCAUCAAAAACCAUGACGUCACUUUCGCUAACCGAGCUAAAUCCACAGCCAGUGAAAUCAUAGUGUAUGGGUGCCAAGACGUCGGGUUUGCUCCUUAUGGAGAACAUUGGAGACAAGCUCGAAAAAUCUGCGUUCUUCACCUUUUGAGCCACAGAAGAGUUCAACAAUUUCAGGCCGUGAGGGAAGAAGUGACGGCUGAAAUGAUUGACAGGAUAGGCCGAGCUAGCCGAUCUAGAAAGGAUUCUUCGAUAAAUCUAAGCGAGUUGUUGAUUGCAGCCUCCAACAACAUAUUGUCCAGAUGUGUUCUUGGAAGGAAUUUUGCGGAUCAAGACGGCCCUAGCAGGUUUGGAGAGCUGUCGAGAAAGAUCGUGGAAAAUAUGGUAGCCUUUAGUGUGGGAGAUUUCUUCCCUUCUUUGACAUGGCUGGACAAUCUCACAGGCCUUAUAGGCCGCUUGAACUUAAUGUUCAAAGAAGUGGACACCUUUUUUGAUGAAGUGAUUGAAGAACACAGGGCAGUACUAUUAGAGGGUGGUGAUGAUAUUGGCGGGUCUAAUAUAAAAGACUUUGUUGAUAUUCUCCUUGGAGUUCAAAAGCUUGGCAUGCUUGACUUUGACCUCACUCUGAACAAGAUGAAAGCAAUCUUAGUGGACAUGUUCAUAGGUGGCAGUGAUACAACUUCGGCAACAUUAGAGUGGGUAAUGGCAGAGCUACUAAGGCAUCCAAAAGUGAUGGAGAAAGCGCAAGAAGAGGUGAGGAGAGUGGUGGGGAUCAAUAGGUCAAAGAUUGAUAUGAAUGUUGUCAAUCAAAUGGAUUACCUGAAAUGCGUCAUCAAAGAGACUCUAAGACUGCAUCCACCUGUUCCGUUUCUAGUCCCGCGAGAAACGACCGCAAGCGUUGAGAUGGGAGGCUUUCAUAUUCCGGAGAAAACAAGGGUGUUCAUAAAUACAUGGGCAAUCCAAAGGGACCCAAAUGUCUGGGACAAGCCAGAAGAAUUCGUUCCGGAGAGAUUCCAUGAUAGCGAUGUUGAUUUCAAUGGACAGGACUUUCAAUUUGUACCGUUUGGUUCUGGAAGAAGAAUAUGUCCUGGCUUGACUUUUGGAGUCUUUAGUACUGAGUACGUGAUUGCCAACCUUUUGUACUGGUUUGAUUGGAAGUUGCCCGUUGAUGAUGGCAUAAUAUUGCCGAAUGAUUUGGACAUGAGUGAAGUUUAUGGGCUCGUUAUUCAUAAGAAAUUUCCUCUUAAUAUUGUACCAAUACCUUACUCCCCUUGA